GCCAGCAUGUCCCUCCGCCAGGCCCUGAAACGCUCCCGCGAGGAGCAAGAAAAGUCCGGCGCGUUAGUAGAAAGGCGGCUCGGCGGCGUCGUCUGGUUCGAAGCUCCCAAACCGGCGCGACCGCCACAAAUAUACAGGGAGGGUCCGGUGCAGGGCUCCGCCGACGAGCUGUACGGCGCCGCGCCGCGGGGCACGGCGAAGCCCCAGAUUAGUGUAGAAUGGUCGGCGGACCCGCUUUCUGACAGAGAAAACGACUUAGUUGGGAGACGGGCGACGCGCGUCCUCGUCCAGGAAGGGCGAAGAGUGCAGAUACGAUGCUUAGUGGCGGGCGUCCACGACGUCGAUCAGUGCCGCUUCUAUUUGUGCGAGGAUGCCGAUGAUGACAUCCAGACGAUUCUGGACGCGAAAACUUGUAAAGAUGCGGUGGACGCCGCCGACGAAGCCUUGCAGGAAGCGAAGGAGAAGCGACUGAAGAGAGAAAAGCAGCUCCGCAAGGAAGAGCGGUUACGGAUAGAGAAAGACGCGCGGGCGGCCGCGGACGCGGCGGACGCGGCCAUGGAGGCCGAGGAGAAGCGGUGGUUCUUCCGGUGCCCUUGUGGUAUUGAAGGUAGUCAAUACGAUGAUGGCAAGGAUAUGGUGCAGUGCGCUGCUUGUUACGACUGGGCUCAUGAUGCUUGUAUCGUAUCUAGAUUGCGGGGCUUCCGCGGCGCCUCGAAACUAGGCGCGUUGCGGCAAUGUUCUUAUCUAUGUUUGAGAUGUGCGCCGAAGCGCUACCGCUCUGUGUCAUGCGCUUGCAAGGUCGACGAGCGCUGCGCGAAUUGUACUACGACAGUAACACUGAGACCUCCAACAAAGACGAAGAACGCGAAGACGUUUCAUGAUGCGUUACCGGAGCUGCGCAUCUACACGGACCCUAGGAGGCGCGACGCUACCAUAGUCCAGGAGGUGAUCACGGGCGGUUGUUACGAGCGGCCCGCGAAGGGUUUUGAAGUGUUGCCCGGCGACCGCUGGCUCGAUAUCGGGGCGCAUAUCGGCGCCUUCUCCGGCGUCUGUCUCGCGGCGGGCGCCGACGUUGUGGCGGUGGAGCCGGACGCUGAUAAUUUCCGGCUGCUCGAGUACAACGGUUCCUUGCGACACGUCUUAGAUCCGUGCCCCGGGACGUUUGUGGCGAUCCAGAAGGCUGUUAUUGGAUCGGAGGAGGCCACGUCCUGCACUUUGUACGCUCAUCCCCAGCAGUGCGCCUUUCGGCACUCUACGGAACGACUGGCGUUGGCGCAGAGGAGAGGUCUCACAGAAACAUCGUGGCAAGGUUCGACGGUGGAAGCGACGUCGUUAACGAAGCUACUCGAACAGUACCCCGACGUCAACGGCGUCAAGGUCGACGCCCAGGGCGCCGAGGUUGAAAUUGUCGAAGCCGUGCGCGACUGGCGCAACGUCCAAAAACUAGUCCUGGAGUACGACUUCGAGUACCGGCCGUCGCUGCGGGCCUUCCACGCCUUCGUUGAUGGUUUGAGGAAGCAUUUCCCGUCCGUGCAGCACGCCAAACUAAAAAAAACGGGCGACUUCGUGGGCUUCCCGAACGGGGUCCUGGUCUUCGCGACGCGGGCGGCGCCGCCGGUCGCGCCGGCGCGGCGCGCUUCGCCCGAGCGGGCCGCGGCGGCACGCUUCGACGACGACGACGACGACGGCAGCGCCAGCGACAGCGAAGACGACAUGCCCGUGAGCGCGCUGCUCGCGCGGUCUCCGGUCGCGCGGCGCGUGACGCUCUAG